AUGCAUGUUAGAAUUAAAAAGCGCUCUCUUUUCGAAAGAACAACUACCACCGCUCUUGGAAUAAUGCUUGAACAUCUUCCUGAUGGCGUUUUGGAUCGAAUCGUCAGCUAUCUUCCGAUAAAAGAACGAUGUCGAGUUAUGAAUCGAAUUUCACAAUGUCUACAUCAAGCUGUAAAUCGAAGCAUGACGUCCGCCUCGUUUUUUAUGGAGAAUUUGGAUGAUCUACCAGAAGCUGCGAUGAAAAAUUUCCUUGACGUCUACGGAACAAAAAUCAAGAGGGUUAACCUCGAUCUUUUUCGAAGUACACACUACUAUGAAUCUUCACAAUGGAUGUGGCGGCAAUCGGUUACUAAUAUUGCUCAUUCAUGCCCAAACCUUUACGAACUGGAUCUGAUGAUUUGUAAUCGGCACAAAAUUCGCGAUCUUGACCUAGAAAAUAUCUUCAAGAAGUGUCACAAUCUUCGUUCUCUGAAAAUAGAUGCUCAUUUCCUGAAUGGACAUUGCUUUAAGAAAGCUCCUCCGUUGGAACGCCUCGAAAUGGAAAUGUGUGUUCGAAUCAACGACCAAGCGCUACAGGCAAUUUGUUAUCGCCUAAAAUCUCUAUGCGCUCUUCAUGUGAGCCAAUUGCUUAUACUCAACGAUAAGAAUCUGGCGAAAUUGGUCAACUCACUAAAAAGCCUGCGAGAACUAGCCAUAAUUUCACACCCAAAUACCAAAUAUGAAGGUUUAACUGGGUACGGGCUUUCCGUGAUUGAGAAUUUGCCGCUCAAAACUCUGCUUAUCGAUGGCCUAUCGGCUGCCACAGAUCAACUCCUUGGAUCAAUAUCUCGAGUCAACGAGAAUAAAAUUUCGAAGACUCUUGAGAAUCUAUCUAUCGCUUUCUGUUUCAACAUUGGAAUACACGGGUUAAAACGACUUGCUGCUUUGCCAAAUUUGAAAAACAUAAACUUGGACGGAUUCAAGAAACGAGAUGUCUCAUUGGGGAUUGAAGAGUUGGCGGCUUCUGGCCAUUUAGUCAGACUUUUGCUAGCCGAAGAAACAAAUAUUUCGGCCGAAUCACUUGUGAAAAUUGUCGAGAAAUCACCAAAUCUUCGAUUGUUGGAUUUAACGAACAAUUCACAAGCGUUGAGCGCUGAAGCAGCCGAAAAAUGGAUUACGUUAUGUGAAGCUUCGAAGCGGCCACCUCUUUAUGUGUUGACGAGUGACCAUUUGAUGUGGAAUGAUGUGCAUCGACCGCAAACGGAUGAAUAUGGACGGAUGAGUGUGCAAAUUCUUCACUCAUGCCCACAGAUGAUUAACCCUGAAGAAAUCUCUCCUUCAACGGCACUUUCAUUUGAAUCACCAUUUUCUCUACCAAAAGGAAUUUUACUAGCGGGUCUUCGUAGUGGAAAUAGGUAUCGCCUCUUGUUUCAACAUCUAGGUCAUACACUUCCAUCAAAGGUUUUACAAAAGGACGUUACUUCCCCAUUGGCCCAUAUUGUUGCGAAAAGAGAAGAGAUCAAACCACAGGCCGAAUUUGCUCCUAUUCUGCCGCCAGCGUCGAAUUAUGAUCCAUUUUCUUCAACACCUGAUGAAAAUUUGUACAAUUUCCAUCCAUUUGUAUCAACGACACCUUUCUCAAUCACUGACCAACCAAUCGAUUACUCAAUGGAUGUUCACAAUCAGCCGAUUUUCAACAAUCCUCAUUUGACGCACUUUUCUCCGGAUGUUCUCCGUCUUCUACUAAACACACAUGCUUAUGAAGAUGGGGCGCUAGUGGGAAAUGAUUUUGCAAAAGAGGGAAUUCUGUUUCGGGAAGAUGGAACGGUUGUGAAUCUGAAAGCGCUGUUAGAAGUACGGGAUCAGAAUUGGGACACCGCUUCUGUAAUCUUUGAUCAAUGUCAACAACGGGAUCCAUUCAAGAGUUAUCGAGCAUGGCGAAAUUGUGAGCAAUGCUGUUCACAACGACGAGUUGAAUCACCCCGGAAAAGGACGAACAGAUGUAGUGGUGUGAGUUUACAGCAUGACAAAAAGGCAGCACCAAGGGAUCAUUUCAUGGUGUCAUCGAUUCCCUGCUCGUCUACAACUCUUCGUCAACUUCGCAUCAAUCAUCCAAGUUUGCCCACACCGAUUAUCAACAAGAAAAAACGAGCCCUGGAUGUCGCCGUAAUUGGAGCGCCUAAUGUGGGAAAGUCUCUCCUUACCAAUCAGAUUGUGAGAGCCGCCGUUUCCGCUGUUAGCUCAAAAAUGGAUACGACAACAAAGAAUAAUGAAGCAAUCGUUACCGAAGAUGACGUCCAGAUGGUUGUUGUUGACAGUCCCGGAACGAUUGGAUUAGGACAUGCAAAGGAGAUGAUGGGGAGAAGUGGACAAGAUCGAAUUCUUAGUGACCCAGAGGAGGCGAUAACUCGAUCGCAACAUAUACUCGUCGUACAGGACGCAACAGCCACAGGAGAUUACAUUCACCACCGAGUUCUCCAUUUAUUACAUCGGCACUCCCAUAUUCCUUCGUCAUUGGUUUUUAACAAAAUUGAUUUGGUGACAAAGCGGACGGAUUUACUUGAAUUGACAAGGAUACUCACGAAUGGCAAAGUUGGCGAACAGCCAAUUAAAGUGGCUAGAAACACUAUCGGAAGAUUAGGGUCGUCGUUGAAUAACAAACAAGAACUUCAUUCGGCUGAUCUGAAAGAAAAUGACGCAGAAUGGAUGACCAAAUAUCGACAACUUCUCACUAGACCCACUCAUGAAUGUGGUUACGCGGAAACAAAACGACUUUUUAUCGAUAUUCGAGGCGAGGGGGUUCAACCUAUCAGAAAUCAUCUUAAGUCGUUAGCCGAAGAAAGGGAGUGGCGGAUGGACGAGAAUGCAGUCACAACAAAAACACCACAGGCUAUCUGUAUUGAAUCAGUUCGAGCGGCUCUUCUCGACACUCUUCCUGGAGAUAUCGCAUACAAGUUGCGACCAAAAAUUAGCGAAUGGUCACAAGAAGGAGAAGUGCUACAAAUUGUAGUAGAUGUUCCUUGCGAGAAAGAGCGAUGGGCAAAAUUAAUCAUCGGAAAAAGUGGCGGUUCCCGAAUGAUUGAAAUUGGAAAACGAGUAAAUGAGCAGAUAGCGAUGUCACUGAGGCCUUCGCAGAGUCAUCCAAGCGUGUCGGCAUCUAUGGUGAACGCGCGCGGUGGCGCUUCCUCUUCUCUUGGGAGGCCACCACACCUCGCGACUCAACUUGCUUAUCAACAAGUGGAAUCGCAUUAUCAAUACGGCACUCAGCAACACCAUUUCGUUGGUGAACACAUGGUGCAAACGGCAAGUCUUUCUUUAAAUGUUCCAGUCAGAGAGACGACACCACAGCCACUUGAGAUUAAGACUGAAAUUAAGGAAGAACCAGUUGACGUUGCUUCCACGAGCAAUCAACUUCUCUCUCAACCGCCUCCAGAAGAUGAUGGAGAAAUUAACAUCGAGAUACGGAAUGUUGUUUGCAACUACACACUCCCAUUCCAUAUCGAGCUCCGCCGUGUAGCUCUCAAUUCUUUAAAUGUGCAACUCGAUCCAGGAAAGGGGGCUCUCGUGAAGCAGUUGCGUAAUCCCUGGUGCCUCAUAAAAAUAUACAAUUCGGGAAAAGUCUACAUUGUUGGAUGUCGUAGUGAGCUCGAGGCAAUGAGAGCAGCUCGUAAAGUGGCUCGCUGCAUUCAACGAUCGAUGGACAAAUUGGGAAAACGGAUUUGCAUGAGGAACUACAAAAUCUGCAAUGUUUUGGCCACCUGUCGACUCCCCUUUGGUAUCAAAAUUGAGGAGAUGGCACAGAAGUACAAGGAGCACUCGACAUACGAACCAGAAUUGUCCGUAGGAUUGGUUUGGAGAAACAAGAUCCCAAAGGCCACAUUGCGCAUUCACACAACUGGAAGCAUCACUGUCACUGGAGCUCAAUCCGAAGCUGAUGUAACGACGAUUCUGACAGAUAUUUAUGAAAAAGUAUGGGAAUUCCGCUGCGCAGACAGAAAUCGAUCGGAAAAGGGAACGAGAAAGCGAAAGGUUAAUAAUCAAAGAUCUGACGGUCCGUCGCGAAAGCAGCAAUCUUUUAAUCGUGAUGGCAAUCAACCGACUUCGGGUCUUGUCGGAAAUCGUGUCUAUUUCAGCGACGAGGAUGAGGAUGAGGACGAAGAAUUCUUUGAUGAGGAUGAAGAAGAUUUU